ACAGCAAGGCACAUUAACUCCAGCCUCCUGUGAAAAUCCACCUACUCUGACUCUGAACAUGGGCAAGAAGGUGGCCAUUGUCUUGGCUGGCUGUGGUGUAUAUGAUGGCAGUGAAAUCCAUGAGUCUUCUGCUGUGCUGGUGCAUCUCAGCAGGGAGGGGGCACAGGGAGAGUUUUAUGCUCCUGAUAUAGACCAGAUGCAUGUGGUGGAUCACGUGAAAGGUCAGCCAACUCAAGAGAAACGCAACGUGCUAGUUGAAAGCGCCAGAAUUGCCAGAGGCAACAUCAAAGACCUGGCCAAACUGAAUGUCAAGGAAUUGGAUGCUCUGAUCAUACCAGGUGGUUUUGGAGUGGCUAAAAACCUUAGUACUUGGGCUGUACAGGGAAAGAACUUCACCGUCUCCAAGGCAGUGGAGGACACUCUGAAGGCAUUCCAUGCUGCCAAGAAGCCCAUUGGCUUGUGCUGCAUUUCCCCAGUGCUGGCAGCCAAAAUCUUCCCAGGAUGCGAGCUGACUGUUGGACAUGACACAGAAUGUGAGAAGUGGCCCUAUGCAAAGACUGCUGAGACCAUGAAGGAACUUAGCUGUAAACAUGUAAACAAACAUGUAAAUGAGAUUCAUGUAGAUGCAAAGAACAAGCUGGUGACUACCAGUGCCUUCAUGUGCAAUGCCCCGAUCCAUGAGGUCUAUGAUGGCAUCGGAAAGAUGGUCAAAGAAGUGCUCAGACUGGCUUGAAUGCAAAACUACAGAAUAUGCUGUAGGAUGGAGUCUAGGUCUCCUGACAAGGCAUUGAUUAUACAAUGUAGCUACCGAGUAUGGAGCACCAGCCUACCCUUCCCCCCCGAUUUGUGUCACAAAAUGAAUUUCUUAUCAAGUUGAAUCCUUUCCUACUGAACAAUUAUCAAGAAGGGGGACCUCUAGAAAAAAAACUCUUGAUUUCUUGCCACCCUUACCUUGCUAAGAGACACCACAUCAUAAGCUGUCAAUGCAAUGGAAGCACCAGCAGCACCUAUUUGCAUCACUGUGUAUGUCAAGCUUCUAGUGGGAGGAGAUAUAGCAAUUGUCUCA